AUGCAUCUCAGCAGGUUCGGGCUGGUUGCCCUUGGGGCGGCUGCAGUCGAUGCCUUCCGGGAUACUUCCCCUUUCUUCCUCGCCUCGACUUCUGAGGUCCUGACGAACUCCGCGUACAUUAAGACUGGCGCCUCGCUACUCAAGGACAUCUCCUCCUCUCUGAGCACCUGCCCGUCUGACUACUAUGUGGUUGUCAACCAACCCGGUGUGCACAGCUCCGACUUCUCGACCCGCAAGUCGGCACCCCGCCUGGGCGCGAAGAUGCUCGGCAAGGACAAGUCGAUCCGCUCCAAGAUGAGCGUGAAUGAGGUCACUGGCUUGUUCGAUACCACCGAGAUUAAGACUAUCCUCACCGAGAAGUGCAAGGCCCAGACUACUGCCAUUGACGGAUCCUCGGGAGAAUAUCCCACCUCUUUUGGAUCGGGUCCUCACAUUCUCGAUAUCGAAUUCCCCAUGCUCUCCUUGAGCGCGGACCGUGCCGAUCGGCUGUCCGAAAAUGAUGGCCUUCUCGCUGAUAUUCUUGAGCGCAUUCCCUCUGACUCCACAUAUACUCUCCUCUAUGCGACCUCGCCUCGUGAGUUCCCCGAGACCGAUUCCGUUGUCUACGAAUCCAACGAGGGUUCGUACCCCGAGUCGAUCCACAUGGAACUCAAGCGCGACUACUCCUCCAACCCGUCCGCCAACUCAGAGUCUGACCGACGGGAGUCUUUGUUCGAUGAGUACCAGUUCUUCACUCCUGGUAUCUUCAUGGGCUUCCUGGCCUCUUUCAUCUGCAUUGUGAUUUUGUAUAUUGGAAUUAGCGCUCUGAGCGGUCUCCAGAUCCCCUAUGCUGCUUUUGAGAGGGACACCUCUGCUGCUAUUAAGAAACAGCAGUAA